AUGAAAUUCACACCACUCAUCAUUGCGUUCGCAGCUAUUGCAGCUGUCACCGAUGGACGAUUCACACAAGAACAUACACCAGCAGCCGAAGCAACUUUCCGAGGAAUGAGAGCUGCCGCCGUUGGUACUCCUUUCGGUGAACGACUUGGUGACUUAUCCGGUUUAGCCGUCGAUAAUUUAUUGGCCGGUGCCCCAGCUUGCGGACAACAAAACGUUGCUGAUAAACUUAUCAAGAUUGCUAUCGCAUAUCGUAAACUUGAGCGCAAUACCCCAUUAUUAGGUCAACCCUCAAACUUCUGUGACAAGAGACCAAAAAAUAAGGAACUUAUUGGAGUAUUCCAAGCCCAAGAUCCAACUAAAGUUAACAAGAGACCACCACCUUUCGUAUCCAAAGGUGAAAAAUUGAACAAAAAGCCAAAUUUUGGAAAAGCAGAAACCAAGGAAGUCGUCAAGAGGGAAGUCAAGAAGGAAACCGCUGAAUCAAAAAGACUUUCGAAGGCUGCUGCUAAAUGCAAAGUAAUGUUGGCAAAGAAGAAUGUAGCCCCAGGUCAAAAAAGAAAAUGCGAAAAAAUCCUUAAAUCCGUCAAAUAG